UUUGUUUCCUGACCUUCUCUCCCAAUCCUCUCCUUCCUACUUAUCUACCCGCGUCCCUUCCGCCAGCGCGCCAGGUCUGCCCGCCCUACCCUCGUUUCUGACCGCCAUGCGCCUCUCCGUCGGUCGCCUAACGCGGGUCGUUGUCGCCCUCCUUCUCUCCUCGGCCCUCGUCCAUGCCACCGCCGUCCGACGCGCAUCCACAUGCAAUGGCCACUCAGAGCUAUGUGACCGCUCCUUCGGCAAUGUGACCUUCGUCGGAGCGCACGAUUCGUACUCUGUCUCGAGCGUGAACGUUGCCGCAAACCAGGACGUCAAUGUCACGCAGCAGCUCGAGGAUGGUGUCCGCAUGCUCCAGAUGCAGACACACAACGAGAGCGGCACGAUUCAGCUCUGUCACACCUCAUGUGUGCUUCUCGACGGCGGUACUCUGCAAAACUAUCUGCAGAGCGUCAAGAGCUGGAUGGAUGACAACACCAAUGAAGUCGUAUCCCUUCUCAUCGUGAACUCCUACGACAACUUCUCUCCCGCUGAAUACGACAAGGUCUUCAAAGCAGUCGGGCUGGACACCAUGGCGUACGCGCCUUCAUCAGCCAGCCUGACCUACACCGCAUGGCCUACGCUUGGGGACCUCAUCGACAAAGGCACUCGCUUGGUCGUCUUUCUGACCACGCAGGCUGACUUCACCAGCGUUCCAUACUUGAUCGACGAGUUCAGCAACAUCUGGGAGACCUCAUACGACGUGACUACGACGGAUUUCGACUGCAACGUAAACCGGACGUCGGGUAACUCCGCCGAGCAGAUGUACCUGAUCAACCACUUUUUGGACAAGGACUACCUAGGCGUCCUGGUUCCUGACAAGUCCGACGCCCCCAAGACCAAUGCGGCGAAUGGCACGGGGUCUCUGGGCGCGCAGGUUACAGAGUGUGCCGGGGAGUAUAGCAGAAACCCCAACUUCAUGCUUGUGGAUUUCUACGAGUAUGGCGGCGGCUCCGUAUUUGAAGUCGCCGCGACUGCCAACGGUGUCACUUAUACCCCCUCGAACAUUGCUACGCCAGUAUCCAGCAGCGGUACAAGCACAUCCUCCAGCAAUGCCGGCGCGAUCGGCUUCAAGAUCACAGCAGCGCACCUGUCCGCCGUUGCGGCGGUAGCAGGCGGGUUGUUGUUCGGCGUGCUGAACAUUGUAUGAGUACCUGCCUCCAGGCUCAGGGGGAUCUCACUUGAUCAUCGAUACGGACCUACGCAUAUCAUUCAUACUCGGACGCUUUCCAUAAUGCAUUCGCUGGACAUCUAUCCGCAUAUACUACAUGCUACCUCCUGCCAACUCGACCUCGUACAUUCUAACGACAGACUAUACGUGCUUUGCUGCGCUAAUUCGAUGAGACAACUUGAAGCUACCAAUGAGGGAGGCUACAGAGUGUGCGAGGUCCUCAGCAUUUUUGACAAACGCGCGGGCUGUCCUAGUGAAAGUGAAGUCAACCAGCCGGGGAACGUGAGCGCGCUCUCGGUGUUGAUACAACGCACUCAAUACAGCCUAUCGCUGUCCCGUAGAAUCGUCAUCUACUGUGUAAAUGGUCCUUACUUAGUUACUGUAGUAAGUUAAUGAUUUCUGCACGUUUGUACACCGACCAAAUAU